CAUAGACUACACUUCAGUAUCAAAUUUUCUUACAGCCUUCUCCUGCUAACUCAACAUAUCAGAAUAUCAGAGAGAAUCCCACAUACCCCUUUGCAAGAAAUGGCUAUCACCAGAAUAAAUCUUCCACCUCUCUUACGCGCCGCCAUCUCCCAUCGCGAUGCCACCGCACUCCACCCUCCCCACAUCCCCCACCACUACUCCCACAACUCUGCGACGUCCUUUCUCCGCUCUCACCCUCCCAACAUCCUUCUUUCCAACCCCCACUUGUUCUCCCCCUUCCUUUACCACCGCGUACGGCCACGCGCCGCCGCGUAUCCCAACCCUUUAAGCCUCAGCAUUUCAAAUCAACCCUUGGUCUCCCGGAGCCUGCACACACGCGCCACCGUUCUUCACAAGCGUCGAAGAACUGACAACAUCUUGCGUUACGCCUUAACUUUCAGUUGCAUUGCAACAGCAGGAGGGAUCAUCCUCUGGUACAAAAAUCUACAAAAACCAAGAAUUUUCACAACUUUAAAUCAUAAACUGGAGUUUAGGUUUAUGGGCAUAAUACCACAUAUGUACCGUAAGGGCCACUGCGUAGUCGUUGAGGGUCUGGCUCGACCUGGUGCUAAAAAUGUUAGACACAAUGGUCCUUGGAAAUUCUUUAUCUCAGCUACCGAGGUGUUAGAUCAGCCUCAUCAUCCUACCACCGCCUUUCAAAGGAAUAAGACAAUUCUUACAGUGAAGAAAAUAUAUUCUCAGGACAGCGAGAUAGUUCUUGCAGCAAGUUAUCGGGACACAAAUUUGAGCGGUGAUUUCUUUACCCCUGCCGAUGAUUUGUUCAAGUCUGAGCCUAAAAUGAUUGUGUUCAAGUUAGACUCAGAGUAUGAUUUCAAAGUUACUCAAUUUGUUUUUUCUACAUUCGAUAAGUUCCAAGACGUGCCAAAGUUGCUGGGAGAAGGACACUCGGUUUUUAUUGAGGGUUUUACCAACCUACCUUUGGGUUCGACUGAUUAUGACAACAUUGACAAGAUUAACAAAAUGAGCUCAGAUGAUAAUUGGCAUAAAAUGGUGACCGGCAAAAGCAAAAAUGAAAAAGUGGAAUAUCUCUUCAUAGCUCAGGUGAUAAAGAAGGAUGACGAGAGGUAUAUAUCACGGGAAGCUCCUACUGCAAUUCGGCGGAAUACAGCGGAGUAACUAAAUGGCCGUGGUAGAGAAGAAUGGGUAUCAAAUAUAUUGUAGUAUUUCUUAAGAAACUCUGAUAAUGUUACAUUCCUCGAAUCUUUGCAGUUAUUUUGUUCCUAUUCUCUAGUUUUAGGUAUAAAGAAGGCAUUUUUCAG